ACAUAUGGGGACACCAGGGAUAUUUGGGGGAUAGGGCUACUGUGAGCGUGGGGGACAGAAGGUGUCCGGGGGGACGACAGGGGCGUCCCCAUCACGGCGGUGAUGAUGGGAAGGGACACAGGGGCUGCGGGGCUGGGGGAUGACCGGGUCGCUGAGUCCCCUUGCCCCCUCCAGUGCCACUCUUGGGGGGGGGUGUCCCUGAGCCAGGAGCAGGGGGACUGGGGAUGUCCACUGUGUCGCAACCCCCCGCUGCCCCUGUCACCUGGCCACCCUCACCCAGCGCUGGGCCACCAAGACUACCCCAGGGUCCCCCGCCUUGGUCACCGUAUGCCCCCAGGAUCUGUCCCCCCCCCCUCAAAUGUCCCCCUGCAGGAGGGGCUGCCCCGAUGCCAGACCAGCCAGAAGGGCCGGGGGUGGACACUGAGCCCCCCGGGGCCCCUCCAAAGAAGACAGGGGGUGGGCGGGUGGCACAGCCCCCCCCAGCCAGCGACUCCGAGAAGGACUCCGGCUUGUCAGAUGCCAGCUCGGAGGACCUGAGCGGGCGAGAGCAGACGGACACGGAGGAGCCACCCAGCACCGGCACCCAGCCGGCCCCACUGCGGCACCCGCUCACCACCCUGACACCCGGCCACCCCUUUGCCUGCCUGGCACCCAUCUACCUCGUCCACAGCCUCUUCCUCCAGCAGCCCCUGGCACUUCCCCCACUGCCCUGGCAGCCGGCUCAGCUCCUCCUGCUCCAGCCCCCGCCGCCCGCCGCGCCCCGCCACGAAGCCACCGUGCCCCGCCACGAAGCCACCGCUGCCUGCCACGAAGCCACCGCCUCGGUAGGGAGCCCGGGGAGCCGAAACAGGCAUCUGGGGGCGACGGCGGAGCUGCUACGGCAGCAGGGGCUGCUGGCUGCGGCUCUGCGCACCGGGACCCUUCUGCGACAGAACCGGCGCACCCAGCGGGAGAUCGUGGCUCUCCGCCGGCAAUCCCGGCUGCUGGCCCGCGUCGCCCGCGACCCCCGCGCCUGGCCUCGCCUCUGCCAUGCCCUGGGAGGGGGAGACCCCCUCGGGCCUCCCACUCCCUGCCGCGAGCCUCCCGCUUUUGGGGAGGGGGUGGGUGUAGGGGUGCGGGGGGAGAAAGGCGUCCCUAACGCGUCCCCUCCCUGUGUCCUGCCCCUGCGUCCCUGGGGUCCCCCUGGGACAGGAGCCUUGAACAGCACGGAACGCCGGGGCGGACGUCCCCCGGGCUUUGCCGAUACUGAGCUAAAAGAACAUCUGGUUCGUUCCUGACCGGAAUGACGCAGCUCAGUGUGAGACGCUUUGGAAGCAGGAUGGGUUGGACGUCUGCUGGGCUUAGUUGGAUAAAAGGAAGCCUUGAGACGACGUAUCCUUGAGGGGAGUAGAUGGGGAGAGAAUGGAGGAUAAGUGAGUUCGGGGAGAACGGGAGUUGCAAAUGGAGCCGAAAGGCGAACCGAGGGCGCCCGAAGGCCCAGCUCAACCAGCGGACGCGGUGAGGAAGACUAGCGCCGACCACCGGAGGACCCUGGAAGACCCCCAACGGACAUGGAUGCGCCUGUGUCAAGGACCUUUGCGUGUGGUACUGAGUUCUGGGUGAUAACGUGAAUACGUUAAUCGUUUCUGGGAAAUGUAAUGAAUACGUACGUUCUCCAUC